GUGUCGGGGGGUGACGCCGAAGCUUCGCUCACCGAGACGGGUAACGUUAGCUUAAAGAGACAACAGCGAAGCCGGGCAAGUCUUCAAGGGAGAAUUAAAUCAAAUUUCUAGCCGUAAACAAAGGACCAUGUCGCGGCAUACCACGUAGGAAAUUCACAAGCAGGGUACCGCUGAUUCCGUCUGGGUCUGACUACAGCAGUGUUAAGACAUAAAGAAUGUUCACUGUAUCAACUAAGACUGACUUCAAGGAAACCAUGAGGAGCACGCGGGGACGUUCACUGGCUGCAGUUUGGUUCCACUAGCAGGAAUCGUGGAUUUGUCAGUGCUGAAAACCUUGUGUGGGGGUGUGUGUGUGUGCAUGCGAGCGUGCGUGUGUCUGUAUGUGUGCGUAUGCUAGCAUAACCUGCCUGCUUCAGGCAGUGACAUGCUACUCUGAGGGCAACCGUACAGGAAAGUUCCCAUCCAAAGGAUUAAUGCAAGGAGGACGCGUCCGGUGAUACCCUCUGCUUCUGCAGGAGACAUCAGUUUAUACUCCUCUGAAAUCACCGAUACACAGAUACUUUGAAACCCCUCACCUUUGUGUUCUUGCCACCGUCCCCACACAUUCCCUGGGGUUGUUUUGAAACCUCUCUGUUUUGCAUGGCAGGGGAGUAACCGUGGAGAGGCCAGGGUAUCACAAGCUUAUGGAUUUUGAGAAGAGAGGUGGGAAGGGGGACACAGAGGAAGGGAAAAAGAUGUCUAAACCAGCCAGUAGUAGGACUGGACAUGCCGGCAGGGGAACGGGGACCAACACUGGGGUCCUCAUGGUUGGCCCCAACUUCAGAGUUGGGAAGAAGAUCGGCUGUGGCAACUUUGGUGAACUGCGGCUGGGCAAGAACCUCUACACCAAUGAAUAUGUGGCCAUCAAACUGGAGCCAAUCAAAUCUAGAGCGCCACAGCUCCAUUUGGAGUAUAGAUUUUAUAAACAGCUGGGAAGUUCAGAGGGGGUUCCUCAGGUCUUUUACUUCGGGCCUUGCGGUAAAUACAACGCUAUGGUUCUUGAACUACUGGGGCCCAGUUUGGAGGACCUGUUCGACCUAUGCGACCGCACCUUCUCCCUCAAGACCGUCCUAAUGAUAGCUAUCCAACUGAUAACGCGGAUGGAGUUCGUUCACACACGGAGUUUGAUAUAUCGAGAUGUCAAGCCAGAGAAUUUCUUGGUGGGCCGGCCGGGCUCUAAGAGGCAGCACACCAUUCACAUUAUAGACUUCGGCCUUGCCAAAGAAUACAUAGACCCCGAGACCAAAAAACACAUCCCAUACCGGGAGCAUAAGAGCUUGACUGGCACCGCUCGAUACAUGAGCAUCAACACACACUUGGGGAAAGAACAAAGCAGAAGGGAUGAUCUGGAAGCACUGGGUCAUAUGUUUAUGUAUUUCCUGAGAGGCAGUUUGCCAUGGCAGGGCUUGAAGGCAGACACUCUGAAGGAACGCUACCAGAAAAUAGGGGACACCAAGAGAGCUACACCAAUAGAAGUGCUUUGUGAAAGUUUUCCAGAAGAGAUUGCCACCUAUCUGAGAUACGUGAGAAGACUGGACUUCUUUGAAAAACCUGAUUACGAUUACUUGAGAAAAAUCUUCACCGAUCUUUUCGACAGGAACGGCUACGUCUUCAAUUACGAGUACGACUGGGUCGGCAAGCCACUCCCUACACCUAUAGGCCCCAUUCCCACAGACACGCCUCAGCCCAGCAGCAGAGACAAAGCACAACAGCAGACCAAAAAUCAGUCACCUGAACCCAAAGGAAGUGAGUCCCAGCCCACUCUAGUGACCAAUAAGGAGACGCUGGGGUCGCAUCUCACAGUGGAGAUGUUGGGGGGCUCAGUGCAGGUCAUGAGCUCCACAAAUGGAGAGCUGAACACGGAUGACCCAACCGCAGGACACUCCAACGCCCCCAUCACCGCAACGGCUGAAGUAGAGGUGGCAGACGACACAAAGUGCUGUUGUUUCUUUAAACGAAGAAAGAGGAAAGCGCUCCAGAGGCACAAGUGAUGAAGAGAGCUUUUAAGAACUUGAAACAUUCUGGUCACUGUUAAGUUUAAAAUGCAAGCAAAUACACGGAUCUCUCUCUUUCUUUCUCUCUAUCUCGCUCUCCCAGUGCCCGUCACUCUUUAAAAAAAGGCCUGGCCACUUAAUGGAGUGCAAAUGAAUGUUGUUGACUGUCCAACAGACUCUGGAUCCUACAAAAGAGAAUAAAUGAAGAUGUGUAAAAGAAAUUACACAGAAACUAAUGAAAAUGAUAAUAGAAAAAGAUGAAUAAUGAUGAUACAUGAACAGAUGCUAUUUGAAACAGGUGGUGUAUUCUAGAUUCCAUGCAGAUUGUGCAUCAUUUUUUGAUCGGAGAUGAAACAUCAAUUGAUGGAAUGAUUUAAGUUUGCUUAGGAAUAGAUCUUAUAUGUGGCAAACGUGAGGGCAGGACUUGGCUCGAGCACUGGAAAUGACACCCACAAAGAGACACAUUUCAUCUCAAGCAGACUCUGGAGUCUUUUGUUUUCUGCAUUUUUCUGUUUCUUUUAAGAGGAAUCCCUGGGUUGUAAAGCAGUUGUAGUGUCCUCAAAAUGAUAUUCUUGUUUUUUUAAUAUAAACUCCCAUUUCCUUUUUUUGUCAGUGUGAACUCUAUAGCACAGUUACUGGCCUCGGGUACUGUGUAGGACGGAGAGACAAAUGGAUAUGAUUUUCUUGUCAAUGUUGUUAUUGCACUUUUGGAAAAAAGAAGGCAACACAGUGGGCUUGAAAUUACGAUUAAAACGUCGAAAUGCAAACGGAUGUGGGAGCAUUCCUACACAGGGCUGAUAUCUGUUCAAGGACCGUUUAAGGAAAAGAUGAUGUACUUCAGUUUUAAUUCUCACAUAAAAUUUAUUUACCAGGAAAUCAUAGUUUGUGCCUUUCCAAGUAAAAUGUUUAAAAAUUA